GUCAGAGAAACAGAAAGAGAGAGAGAUCAGAGAAACAGAAUGAGAGAGAGGUCAGAGAAACAGAAAGAGAGAGAAGUCAGAGAGACAGAGAAACGAGAAGAGAGAGAGAGAGAGAGAGAGAGACAGAGAAAGCAGAAAGAGAGAGAGUCAGAGAAACAGAAAGAGAGAGAGUCAGAGAAACAGAAAGAGAGAGAGUCAGAGAAACAGAAAGAGAGAGAGUCAGAGACAGACAGAGAGAGAGAGAGAGUGAGACAGAGAAACAGAAAGAGAGAGAAAAGAGAGAGAGUCAGAGAAACAGAGAAGAGUAGAGAGUCAGAGAAAGACAGAGAAGAAGAGAAGAGAAACCAGAGAGAGAGAGAGUCAGAGAAACAGAAAGAGAGGAGAGUC